AUGGCCACCUCCGCUGCGCCCGUGGUGAAAGUCGACCUGGAUUCGUUGACCUCCUUGGCUGGGAAGACCAUCAUCGUCACCGGGGCGUCCUCUGGCAUCGGCCUGGAGGUUGCCGAGUUCUUCUACGACCAUGGCGCCAACGUGGUGUUCGUGGGUGGCCGCAAGCGUCCCGACACCUACGUGGACCUGGAUUCGCCGCGGGCAUUGGUGCGCCAGUGCGACAUCAGCUCGUGGGACUCGCAGGUCGAAGUGUUUGAAGCGGCCAAGCAGAAGUUUGGCCGCAUCGACAUCGUCUGCCUCAAUGCUGGGGUGGCUGAGCCGCGCGGCCAGUUCUUCGACGUCAAGGUCGAUGAGUCGGGCAGGCCGCUGCCCAUUGACACCCGAGUGAUCGACGUGGACCUGAAGGGAACCAUGUAUGGCAUCGCUCUCGGCAUCCACUACCUCAAGGACAACGGAGGAACGGUCAUCAUGGUCACCAGUCGGGCAGGCUAUGGAGGGAACGAGAUCAUGCCGGGAUACUCGGCGGCAAAAAACGGUGCCACGGGCCUCCUGCGCUCUUUAGCUGGCUCGGCCAAAGAGAAGGGCAUCGCGCUCGCCAUCGUAGCUCCACACAUCACCUUCACGCCUGGGCCUUUCCCGCUCGAUUACAAACGAGGUCCUGAGGCCUUCGAGAAGAUGCGCGCCAAGCUCGAGAAGGUGGGCAUCCAUCUGAGCUCUUCCCGCACCUGCGCCCUCGCCUGCGCCUACAUUGUCCAGGGAGGGCUGGACCAGGCCGGGGCUGGAUUGCUGGUUGAGAACGACGAGAUCUACAACAUCGAGCAGGCACUCAAAGACAGCACGCCCGAAUGGUUCAAGGUGAAGGGAGACACAAAAGCCGCACGAGAGGAAUAUGCCAAGAACAUGGAGGCGUCCGGCCGGGCCUGA